UGAUCAUAGACAGACAGACAGACAGACAUUCAUCAUUGGGCCGGCGUUGCCAGAAGUCCUCACAUACAAAACACUCCAUGAGACAGACAGACACGUGCGGCAAUCAAUGGCCGAAAAGGGCCUCAGCCAUCCAUCCAGGCCACUCACUCAUUCACUGCACACACCGCCACACUAUAUAGAGCUCCCUUUCCACACGCACAGCCGCCCCGCCCCCUCAGUGCAUUCCCAUCUCUUUCUGUUCCUUCUGUGAGUACUUGAGCGCCUGCCUCUUCCGCAGCUCCAAAUAGCCGUCGAACGGCUGCAGCAGCGAUGCGGUCUUGGGCAGCGAUGACGACACCGGAUACUUGGUCACAUCGGGGUGUGACGGCGGCCACACGACGGGGAAGGCCUUACACGUCAUCUCUCCCCCCUGGCACAACGCCACAUCGAAGUUGGGAUACCCUCUCGCCUCGCCAGCCGGCAAAUCGAAACGGGCAUCCUACGACAAACAGACAACGCAACACAAACCGCCGCCACUGCAGAGCUCCCCCAUCCAUUUAAUCAUUGCCAGCCCGCCCACCCACCUCGCCCAUCCAGCGUGUCGAGAAGGCCCUUCGCCGCAGCGUGUGGCUGGCGUUGGGCGGCGCCGAGUGCAGCAUCUUGGCGUUGAACACCAGACAGUCACCCAGCUGCAUGUCGUAGGAGAGGAUGUCGUAGUCGCCUCGGUUGUUCUCGAUGUCGGGCACUCUUGGCAGCAAGCCGUUCUCCAUGCCGGGGUAGACCUGCCCAUCUGCAAAGCGAAAAGGGGCGAAUGCUUUGCCCCACUUGUGGCUGCCCCUGACGAACUCCAGACACGUCGACUGCGGCACUGGGUCCAGAGGCAGCCUGCCGGACAGCAUACACGAUGAAACAGAGAGCGGCCGCGAUUCCUGCGCCCACCCACCAUAUUGAGCAGAUCUGGUCGCCGUGAACUGCCCAAUAUGGCAGAUCCUGAUGCCACACGGUCCGCUGCGCGGUAUUGGGCUCCUUGACGAAGAGGAAAUCGCUGCAACCAACCAGAAUGAGAGCCGGUUGAGAUGUGCAGUGCACGUCAGUCAUGUCGUUUAAUGCACUCACUAGAAGAAGUUGCAGCGGUCGGCCCUCAUGACCUGCGCCGCGAUGAAUGCAGCCGGCGAAGCCAACACAAAAUGCUGGAAGGCUGGAUACUUGCGCGAGCAGUCCAUCUCACCGCAGAACCGACCUGAAAGGCAGAAAGAAAGAAGAAGAGCAUGUGUGGGCCCUGACCUCUCUCCGAAACGGCAGCUCUCGCACUCACCCGCCUCGCCCUUGGGCGUGUAGACCUCCAGAUCCUCAUUGCGCUCGUCUCUCAGGACCUCGUCAACAGCUGUCUGGAGGUGCUCAAUCCAUUCCGUGCUGAACAAUUGCCGCAGACACGCCACGCCAUCCCUCUGGUACUCGGCAAUAGCGUCGGGCGGCACGACAGGUGGAUCUGCUGAGCCCUGCGGAAUGGUCAUGAUGCAGAUGUAAAAAAGGCUGAAAUUCA